GAGCGCUCUGUGGGCGGAGCAUAGUAGCGAGAACAGGGCAAGCAGGAAGUAACCCUGGUCCCUGUGUGCAGCGUGAGCUUCCACGCCAAACUCCCCGGGAAACCCAUGGUUGUCCCGUGAGCUCCCGGCAGCGCGCACUCUGCUGCCAUUUCCGCCAGUGACCGGGAACGUUGCGCUCACUGGAAUCACCACCAUGAAGCCUCUCGGCGCUCGCCCGGGACCCUCCUUCAGCGUCCGGCCGGGGAAGGGCGGCUCUGCACGGAAACGCCAGCUGCUGGCUGAGCGCUGCAAGCUGGCCGCCUCUGAGAUGCCCAAAGCCAAGGCCAGCACCUCCGAGGAGAGCCCGGGACACAGCGCGCUGCUGGUGGAGGAGGGCAUCUGUGUGAUGGUGCUGGGGUCCGGCCAGAAACUGACGUUCCGGGGAAAAUGCGUGGUGACGUGCCUGUACGGCAGUGUGGAAGUGCUCGGCUUAACCAUCAACUCGAAUGAAACCCCUUACGAGUUGUUCUCCCCCAAAACACAUUCACCUUUGACAAUUGUAGGACUGAAACAGAAAAAAAACUCUAAAACGCGCAAAGAGAUCUGUUUGGAGGCCAGGUUGUUGCUGCGUGGAUACCUCUCUCUGGAUUGCAGACGGGCAGUAAUGAAAAUGUUUAAAUCCUCAUCCUCCAUUUUAUUGCUGGAGCGACUAGAAGAUGCAACAAGCAGCUUCAUCCUGAGCCAUCCAGAUUAUGCCAAAAUCUUCUGGACGGAACCGAAAAGAAAACGUUCCUCUAAGAUGGAAGAUGCAGUCUUACACUCUAUUGGUAUUCAGAGCUGUAACCCAGAGGCUGGUGUCAGCAUGUCGCAGGACGCGGUCUCCGCAGCACAGCAGCUAGUUCAUGCUUGCCUUGAGGAAGAUAACGGCUGCCCCAUCAUUCUUGUUUGUGGCCCAAACAAUGUUGGAAAAUCAACGUUUAAUAGAUAUCUCAUCAAUCAACUACUAAGCCGAAUCCCAUGUGUUGAUUACUUAGACUGUGACCUGGGGCAAACAGAAUUUACCCCUCCAGGGUGUAUAUCAUUACUGAACAUUGACGAGCCUGUUCUGGGUCCUCCAUAUACUCACCAGCGAACCCCCAACAAAAUGGUUUACUUUGGAGAGACGUCUUGUGAGCAGGACAUGGAACGGUUUAUGGAAUCUGUGAAAUACGUCAUCACUUGUUAUAAGCGAGACCAGCCCCUGAUUAUCAAUACCAUGGGCUGGAUUAAAGGAUUUGGAUUGUUACUUUUGAUUGACUUAAUUCAUCUCCUUUCCCCGAGUCACGUUGUCCAGAUCAGCGCAAAGGACGGUUACAUCAUGGAGCCCCUGACUCCUGAAUUUGUCAAGAACACUGCAGGCUUUGUGACAAAGGGGUGGUCACAGGCCCGGUGCAAGCGUAGAGGUCUGGACUUCUCUGAUGAAGAGGAUCAAGACUAUAUGGACGGCUUCCAUUUCAGACCAUCAGCGGGACAUCAGCUCAUUCCUAUCGAGAGCGAUUUUGAGCGAGCGGGAGAUACGGAAGUUAUGCUUUGCCACAAAUGGAUUCUGCGUGACAUGGCCAUGCUGGGAUACAUUAGUAAAUUGCAGCAGCAGUUUGACCCAGAACAGGUCAUUCCCUUGAACAGCUUAUUGCCCUAUGAGGUGCCCUUUAAUGCGGUGGCACUGCGUGUUAUCCAUUCGGACGUGGCUCCGUCACACAUCAUGUACUCGGCUAAUGCCAGCUGGGUCGGCCUCUGCCACAUUCUGGAUGACAUCCGUAGUCAGGACAGCGGCCCCGUUAUACUGACCCAGACCCCGAUCUGCGACUGCCUGGGGUUCGGUAUUGUUCGGGGUGUUAAUAUAGCAAGGAAGGUUUACCACAUUCUUACACCUGUCCCACCUGAGACUCUCCCACAGGUGAACUGUCUGCUAAUAGGAAGCAUUUCUAUACCACACAGCAUCUUCAAGCACCAGCCUGGCAUUAAAGGUGACAUUCCGUACGUAACCUCGGAAUAUGAUUUCACUAUAUACGGAUCUGGGAAGAUGAAGCUAAACAAACCUCUAAAAAGACGGGAACAUCUAUAACCGUAUCACUUCUAUGUGACUAUCAAGUUACAUUUUUAUAUUCUGUUAAAAUGUUUGUUUAAGUUAUUGGCGUUCUCCUGGAAGAUGAUUGGCGGUGACAUUUGCUAUGUAAAUACUUUUAAAACUAAUUUUCUAUUGAAAACUGUGAAUUGUUUUUCUUUUUAAGGCUAUGUAGUACUUUUGUAAGUCUAGCAGUGUUCCUCUGAAUUUAUAUAGCACAUUUUUAUGCGCAAUUGUAUUAUAUGUAAAUAUUUUACGCAAAAAAAAGUCCUUUAAAAAUGAAUAUGUAGGACAUUUUGCAAUAAAGGUUAAAGAGACUUGA